AUGUUUAGGAGUUCAGCAACCAAUGGAAAAUCACCUCAACCAUCAUUAAUAAAUAAUAAUAAUAACAAUAAUAAUAAUAAUAAUAGCUAUAUUAGUAGUAAUAACAAUAUGAGUAAAACAUCUACACCUAAUAGCAAUGGUGGUGGUGGUGGUAGUAACAAUCAUGUGACUUAUGAUAGACCUAUUGUACAGUCGAUUUCGCAUUUAGAGUUGAACGAUAUCUCUGGAGACACUGCAAUACAAUCGACAACACCCACCAACAGUGGACAUGCCUCUGCAGGUGGUGUUACAACACCCACUCUCAUGGUAACCAAUAAUAGCAGCAGUAGCAAUGGUGAUAUAGUAUCAACAACAACAACAACAACAACAGGUCAUCAUAACCACCAUAUGAUGAAUGGUGGAAUCAAUGGUUUAUCAUCGGUGGCUAAUCUCUCACCGAAUUUAACACCGAUGAUCAACGGUGUGAAAUACCCACCACCCAAAGUAAAGAGUUCACUUCUAUCGCCCAGUCUUGCAUCUUCUAUCGGGUCGUUCGGCAAUAUCAACGAUUGUAGAGAGGACGACAGUGAGAGUGUUGUAUCUUCUGCCACCGGUGGUGCCAAUGAAGAUGGUGAAUUGGAAUUGAAAUUCGACUAUGAUUUCACUACCUCUGACAUACCAUUAGGUGGUCUCGAAGAUCUAGAAGAGUUACUAAGACAGUAUGCACCAACAGAGACAAUCAUAGCGGAAUGCUAUAAGAAAGGAAUCGAUAUCAAACAAUACUCUGAGGAGGUAGAAUCUGCAUUGAUAAAGUACGAUCAAGAGAUGAAAGAGAUGUAUCAAGAUAUUAUACCAGAUUAUGUAAAUGAAAGAGAAACAUUUGCAAUGAUGUAUCAAACAUUGAAAGAGAGUAAUAAUCUGCUAAGUGGAUUCGAAGAGAUGUUAUUAAAGUUUCAAUCGGAUCUCACCAAUAUCUCAAAGGAGAUGAAAGAGUUACAGGAAAAAUCAAUAUCAAAGAGUGUAAAGUGCAACAACAGAAAGAAUGUUGUUCAAAAAUUAAAUAGAGUAAUUGAUGAACUUUCAAUGCCAGAUGAUAUUAUACAUUUAUUAUCAGUAGGUGAAGUUAACGAUCAAUAUUUACAGUAUCUAUCGAUUUUCAGUAGAAAGAUAGGUCAUUUCGAAUCACAAAAGAUGAACAAUGUCGCCGCUACAGAUGAUGUUGCUAAUAAUCUUCAAAAGAUGUUGUCAAUUGUAUUAGAAAAGAUUAAUAGAUUCUUUGUAAAUCAAUUCCAAAUGAUAAAGUCAGUGGCUAAUUUACAUUCAAAACAACAGGAAUUCACACUUUAUAGACAGGCAUUCUUCUUUCUCUAUAGACACUCUGGCAAAUUAGCAAAGCAACUCUUUGAACAAUAUAAGGAUUUAGUUGAAAAGCUCUAUUCAUCCUACACCAAAGACUAUAUCUCUUUCUUGACUAAACUACAAUUCGACCCUACCACCAAGAAUGAUUUAGUAGGCACUUCAGAGAAUAAAAACAAAGGAUUCUUUAGUAGUAAAACCAAUAAAUUAAAUAUUAAAUCUAGUAUAUUCACAGUUGAAUCAAGAUAUCAAAUAAUGUUGGAACUCGACAGUUCAGCUAUCAAUCCACAAACACUACGAUCAAGCAGCGCAGCAACUACACAAUCCAAUCAAAUUAAGUUGUCAUACGAAUCUAUUUUCAGAUCGAUGAUCUUCUUUAUUUUGGAUACCAUUUCAUUCGAAUCGAUGUAUGUCAAAGAGUUUUUCCUUACAGACGUAGAUUGUACAAAUCAAAUAUUUGGAAAAUCUGAAUCAUUAUAUAUGGAUAAUUUAAAUUCUUAUUUAUCAACAACAUACGACCCAAUUGCACUGUUAUUGAUUAUAUGUAUUACCAACAAAUAUAGAAUGAAAUCAACGAGUAAAUCGGAUUGUACCGAUAGAAUAUUCCAACAAUCGAUCUUACUCACCUUGAAUAGACUAAACUUUGUGUUCUCAGAGAAUAUCGACAGUGUUAAGAAUGCCAAUAUUCGCGAGCUAUGCCCGAUCGAGGAGAACAGACCACACUACGUAAUAAGAAGAUAUGCUGAGCUGAUUGGAUCGAUUUCGACACUCUCUCAACACCUACCACAAGAGAUUAUACCUACGAUCAGAGAGUAUCUCGAUAUGUUCAGGGCGGUCAUUCCUAAACUGCUCAUGAAGAUGUCUGACGAAAUCAAAGAGAAAAACAACCGUAGUAUAUUCCUUUUAAAUAAUUAUGAUUUAAUUUUAACUAUAUUAUCUGAAAAUGAAACACCAAAUAUGGAUGAUAAAAAUUACUUUACUGUGUUGUAUGAACAAGAGUCUGAUUUAUUUGCAAUGGAACAGUUGAAUUCAGCUCUUUCCUCUAAUAAACAAGUAUACAGUGGAGGAAAUCAAUCAUCCGAGACUAAAGAAAGAGAUACACGAGAAGCAAUUCACACAGAUCAUAUUGAAAUGUUUCAAAGCGCUCAAGAGUUCUCAACACUUUAUUCCAGAGACAGAGAUAUCAUAUGA